AUGCAAUUCUUCGGGGGAUCGGCGGAGGUGAAUCCGUCGCCGCUGGCGCCGGCCGGGACGGGGACGGGUCUUCUGGGGAACAACACGUACAUGAUGUAUGUUUUCAAUAGGAAUGGGGUAUGCCUUCUGUAUCGGGAGUGGCACCGCCCGCUGAAGACCCUCGACUCCCAGCAGGACCAGAAGCUGAUGUUCGGGGUGCUCUUCUCCCUCAAAUCCUUCACCACCAAGAUGGAUCCAAUCAGGUUUUGUAGACGUGGAUGCCCUCCCCUAUUUCAUUUCGUCGGAAUUUGCCGUCAACGGUCCUCUCCGAAGAUGCGUAACCGUCUUUUUGUUGCUCUAUUUUUACCCAUUUCAUGAUUCAGUGCUGAGAAGGGGAGCCUCGGGGUGCCCCUUCUGCCUGGGCAAGGCUGCUCGUUUCAUAGCUUCCGCACAAACACCUAUAAGUUGAGCUUCAUGGAGAGUCCGUCUGGGGUAAAGGUUUGUCGAGUGGACACUUGUCUUCGUUUUAUUUAUUUUAUAUUAAUUAUAUUUUUUAAGAUUAUGCGAAUGUAAUCGCUCACAGGAUUUUGUAUUCCUGCUCUAUUUGUAUUCACGCCGCUGUCUUUGUAUUCCAACGUUUCAUUUCCUGCCCUAAUUAGCAAACAUAUAGCAGAAGAGAGAGCAUUGUUCAUAUUAUUUCCUUAUUUUGAUGCUAAUGCUUUGUAACCCUCGGUAUUUACAUCAUUUGUCAAAUUUUUGAUAUUUUGAUGCAGAUUAUCUUAGUUACCCAUCCUAAGUGCGGAGAUCUUCGAGAGUCCUUGAGAUACAUAUACAAUAUUUAUGUGGAGUAUGUUAUGAAGAAUCCUCUAUAUGCUCCUGGAACUGCAAUCAAGUAGGAACUCUGUCUUCUCUAAGCAUUUAUUGAGCAUCUAAAUAUUGUGGCACAUGGAAACAUGUUUAAUAGGAAAACAUAUGGCAUAUUUGGUUAUAAUAGCCAUUAUAUUUAACAGUACAUUUUUUAUAAAAGUUUUAUGGAUACAAUCAUCUCUCGUGAAGCAGAGUUAAAUAGCCGUAUUAAUAUUUUUCAUGAUUACAUAACUGAUAUGCCAUAUUUUAUGUGAUUUUGAAUGCAGUAUUCAGUAUUCCAGGUUUGAAAGCUGUUUGGCACAUGUUUUUUUUUUUCUUUUUCUUUCAGUCCAGAUGAAAGAGUGGCCAACGCGAUGCGAAAUUUAUAUCUUUGAUUGCUUCCUUUGACACAUUCUUUUGUUUCCCUCUUCUCCGAUAGAAGCCCUCCAAAAAUGACGACUAAAAGGUCCAAUCGAAUUCUUUGUUAAACUGAUUGCGUAAAUGAAUGCCUUUCUCUGGAAAAUCUAAUCAUGGAAUACUUUUUAGUGGUCAAAAACGGAAAUUUUGAUUUUUUUUUAUUUUUAGAAAAUGCUUUUUCAAAAGCAUUGCUGGGAGAUAAGGUUUAUAUUUUUUUGUUGAAGAUGGUGGAAAAUCCCGAUUCAAUUAAUGAAGUGAUAAAGGCUGAACAAUACUUACACGACCUUGACACAAAGGGAUAUAUUGGAUCCUUGACAUGUGCCCAAAGUACAGUGUGCCAAUGCCUAUUAUUUGCCAGAGACUUUGGGUCGAUAUUUGGGCCAACUCUCUGUGUGUCAAUUUAUUUUUUGGAGCCAAUCAUCACCAGAUGUUCAGUGGUUACCAACACUUGGUUUUUAGAUUGAACAUAUGCACGUAUAGAUGUUGCAUAGUUUGACUCUUAACUUUAAGCGAUAAAACGUUUGCAAAUUGACUUUAUUUUAAGCACAUACGUUAAAUUGGCAUUUAUUGGAUUAAGACUCGGUCAUGAAAUCAGCAUAAAUUCGUUUAAAACUUUUAGUCUUGAAACCACCCUCAAAGUUAACCUGUUGGGCUCAGAAAACAAUAAAUAACACAACAUAAAGAACAAGAGGCACUUCAGGUUUAUCCUGGAUGAUGCAUUUAUUUGGGUUGUUGUUCUUCUUGUAAGAAUUUAGAACUGAACAAGUUAAUCGUGUUAUCAUAAUAAUAUGAUAAGCUAUCUGUUGCAUUACUCCAUUGCUUCAUAGCCAUUAUAUCGCUUGUUCCAUUGAUGUUUCGUCCUAGAAUGAAUUGAUUAUUAUGUUUCAUACGAGCAUGCGUUUAUAUAAACAUGCUAAUUAUUUGUGUGGUGUUCUUGUAGGUGUGAGCUGUUCAAUACGAAACUUGACCAGUAUAUAAGGACCAUAGUGUAG